AUGCCCGUCCCCUUCGAAGCAGUUCUUCACAUGAGCAUGGUGGUGGUCAUGUUCGGCGUGGCCGGUACGGGCUACAACGUGGUGCGUCGACUGGCGGAGGACGGCAAGCCCAUCCGUCACUCGCUCGACGACUGGGAACGCAUGAUGAUGAAGCGCGACGAACGGUUGACUGGCAGCCUACGCGGACAGAGUACAAACCCCAUAGCACCAAAAGAGUUUGCCACCAACUCGGCUUGGUCCACAGAGAAACUCUCUUGA